AAAUCAAUCCCUCGUCGUUUCUCUCUCCUCUCUCAAGAUCUCGAUCUCGAUCUCUCGAUUUCGAUCUGGCUCUCGAUCCAUCGAGCUCGAGAAUGGCGACCGCCGCCGCCUUCAGCCUCCUCCUCUUCCUCCUCCUCGUCGCAUCGUCCUCCGCCUUCUAUCUCCCCGGCGUCGCCCCUCGCGAUUUCGUGAAGGGUGAUGAGCUUCAGGUUAAAGUGAACAAACUCUCUUCAACGAAGACACAGCUUCCAUAUAAUUAUUAUUUCUUGGAUUACUGCAAGCCCGCAAAGAUCUUGAACAGCGCUGAGAAUUUGGGGGAAGUGCUUCGUGGGGAUCGGAUCGAGAACUCCAUCUAUACUUUCAAGAUGAGGACUGAUGAGACGUGUAAAGUGGCUUGUCGCACGAAGCUCACCAAGGAAACUGAGAAGAAUUUUAAGGAGAAGAUUGAUGAUGAAUAUCGAGUAAAUAUGAUCUUGGAUAAUCUUCCUGUGGCAGUUCCAAGACAAAGCAGAGACGGAAGCCAAUUGCCAAGUUACGAGCAUGGCUUCCGCGUGGGUUACAAGGACAUACUGACUGGUAGCAAAGAUAACAAAUAUUACAUUAAUAACCACCUAAGCUUCAAGGUCCUGUAUCAUAUGGACCCUGAGACUGAUGAUGCUCGCAUAGUUGGGUUUGAGGUUAUUCCAAGCAGUGUACAUCAUGAGUACAGUGAGUGGGAUGAUAAGAACCCAAGAGUGACAACAUGUAACCCAAACACCAAAAUAUCUCCUGGCUCUAAUGCUCCUCAGGAAGUGGCUGCUGAUGCAUACAUUGUCUUUAGUUAUGAUGUUACAUUUCAGCCAAGUGAUGUCAAGUGGGCAUCACGAUGGGACACUUACCUUCUCAUGAACGACGAUCAAAUCCAUUGGUUUUCCAUCAUCAACUCUUUGAUGAUCGUCCUCUUCCUUUCCGGCAUGGUAGCCAUGAUCAUGAUGAGAACUCUGUACAAGGACAUAGCAAACUACAACCAACUUGACACUCAAGAAGAAGCCCAAGAAGAGACCGGGUGGAAAUUAGUCCAUGGUGAUGUCUUCAGGCCACCUACAAACUCUGACCUUCUCUGUGUUUUUGUAGGAACGGGAGUUCAGUUCUUCUUAAUGGCAGUUGUCACUAUGAUCUUUGCUCUCCUUGGUUUCCUCUCUCCCUCAAAUCGAGGUGGUCUUAUGACCGCCAUGGUUCUUCUCUGGGUCUUUAUGGGGCUAUUCGCUGGCUACUCCUCAGCAAGACUCUUUAAAAUGUUCAAAGGCACCGAGUGGAAAAAGAUCACCUUGAAGACUGCACUUAUGUUCCCAGCCAUAGUCUUCUCCAUCUUCUUCGUGCUCAAUGCUCUGAUUUGGGGUGAGAAAUCAUCUGGGGCAGUUCCCUUUGGAACCAUGUUUGCUUUAGUAUUCCUCUGGUUUGGUAUAUCAGUUCCAUUAGUAUUCGCUGGUAGUUUCCUAGGUUUUAAGAAACCCCCAGUUGAAGAUCCGGUUAAAACAAAUAAAAUCCCUAGGCAAAUACCUGAGCAAGCUUGGUACAUGCAGCCGGCAUUCUCUAUACUAAUUGGAGGCAUUCUUCCCUUCGGAGCAGUUUUCAUUGAACUAUUCUUCAUUUUAACCUCCAUUUGGCUGAAUCAAUUUUACUACAUCUUCGGCUUCCUCUUCAUCGUCUUCGUCAUUCUCCUUGUGACUUGUGCUGAGAUUACAAUUGUGCUCUGCUACUUCCAACUGUGCAGCGAGGACUACCAUUGGUGGUGGAGAGCUUAUCUCACUGCUGGCUCUUCUGCACUGUAUCUCUUCCUUUACGCAGCCUUCUAUUUCUUCACGAAGCUGGAGAUAACCAAAGUUGUCUCAGGGAUUUUAUACUUCGGGUACAUGUUGAUUGGGUCAUUCGCUUUCUUUGUUUUGACGGGGACUAUUGGAUUCUAUGCCUGCUUCUGGUUCGUUAGAAAGAUAUACUCUUCAGUGAAGAUAGACUAAUAAGUUGAC